AUAUAAAAUCAUAACCACAAAAGGGUUCGGUAAAGAAUAGAUUUCUGAAAAUGGGACUUGGUCUUUGUGGAAAAAGAUGAUCAAAGUUUUCACCUUUUUGUGAAUUCAAUUGUGUGUGUGUAUGUGUGUGUUUUUGUGUUUGAGUGUUGCUUUUGAUAAUCAUUAACAUCACCAUCUAUAAACUGCUUGUGAAUCACCAUAGAAUAAGGGGGACCAUUUUUUGGAAGACAGAGAACAACAUUACAAAAAUCUCUUUCUCAAAAUGGUCCUCCUUCAACCUUCUUCUGCAUGUUGUUACAUUAAAAAUAUGUUGGUAAUCACAACCCAUCAUUGAGUCGAGACCUUAUUAAAUAGUCCAUUGUCUUUGUGUUAUGGAAAUCCAUGUCAGGUGGUGUUGUUAAUUACCAGUUUUCAAUAAAGAAUCAACUGCCAAAACCAACUUUCCUUUGCUUAUAAGGCAAGAGAUUAUGGAUUGGGUUUUCAAUGCUUCAUCGCCAUGGGACUUGACUGGACUCGAUGUGCUGGAUGAUAAUGUCAUCAUGGGAAAGAAUCAAUCUAUGGAGGCGGAUAUAGGGACAAUGAAUAACUGGAGUGAGCAAAAACUUCCUACAAUGUCAUCUUCUCCUUCUGGUUCAUCCAAGAAGCAACGGGGGAUUGCUAGUGAGGCACGUGUAUCUUGUUUAGUGGACGGGUGCAGAACAGACCUUAAUGGUUGCAGAGACUAUCAUCGCCGCCAUAGGGUUUGUGAAACUCAUUCUAAAACUCCGGUUGUCACUAUUGAUGGCAAAGAACAAAGGUUUUGCCAACAAUGCAGUAGGUUUCAUUCACUUGGGGAGUUUGAUGAAGUGAAGAGGAGUUGCAGGAAACGUCUUGAUGGACACAACAGGCGUAGAAGAAAACCUAGGGCUGAACCCAUGUACCUGAAUUAUGGGAGCUUUUUCACAAGUGAUCAAGGUACCAAACUGCUGAGCUUUGGUGGUUCACCAACGCACAUGACUACAUUCGGGACCUGGCCCGAUAACAAAAGGUUGAACCAAAAAUUGCAUCUUACAGUUGAACAGAGCAUACCAUCACACUCGUACACCCAUUAUCGUAGCGCAAGGGAAAGAAAGUUCCCAUUUCUGUUGGACAAUGACUCUGAAAAAGUCAACCAAACAUUCUCUGAAGCCUCUUUUCAGCAAGGGGUUAUCAGCGCAGAUGAAUCGGCCUAUCUUCUGGUUGAACCCACGGGCGCUCUCUCUCUUCUGUCAAAACACACAACACAACAUACUUCAUAUUCUGGCCCGACAAACUUGGUGCAGCCUUCAAGGACCACUCUGCAGUUCAAUAGUUCAUUGAGUCAGCAUUCGUAUUCAGAUCUUCCAUUAAGAGAUGUAACACGACUGAAUAGUAGCCACACCAAUAAUCAUAUGAUUGGAAUGAUUCAUGUUCGGGCCAAAGGGUUGUUGGAAAAUGAAGCAGCAGAAGUUCUUUCUUUUUCUUGGGAAUAAUCAUUGUCUCAAAACUUGGCUACUGCCCUCAAAAACUAGCUAUUUUUCUUAUUAUCAGACAAGGAAAUGCAAGACUGGGCGGCUCCGAUCAUAGCUUCAGCACUGUUUGCGUUUCUAGCACCAG